ACCAUGCUCAAUCCAUUCACAUAUAUAUUAACUGCCUGUAUAUAUAAAUAUAUAUAACAGUAGCCGUCUUAGAAUGGAUGAGAGGUUGAGAGCGGCUGCUUACGAGGGAAACAUUGAAUAUUUGUAUGCAUUAAUUCAGGAGGAUCCAAAUAUUUUGGAGCGCAAUAUAGAUGAUAAAUUGGUAGCUGAUACUCCUUUACAUGUGGCAGCAUUAACAGGUAAGCAUCAUUUUGCUGCAGAAGUCAUGAAGUUGAAGCCGUCAUAUGCCACUAAGCUCAACCCAGAAGGCCUUACCCCCAUUCAUGUUGCUCUGCGAAAUGGGCAUGAUCGCAUGGUUGAGUGGUUCAUCUCCAUUGAUAGCAACUUGGUCCGUGCCAAAGGAGAAGAGGGCAUGACGUGUUUGCAUUAUGUGAUUUUGCAAGGAAAUCGAAAACUUUUGAGAUCGUUUCUAAUUGCUAGCGAAGAGUCGAUUGAAGAUUUAACAACCAAACGUGAAACUGCACUACAUAUUGCUCUAAAAUUCUACGUUCCCAGAAUUUUUGAGGCGUUGGUCGGACGGCUAAAGAAGGUCAACAAGGAAUAUAUCUUAAACUGGCCAGACGAGGAUGGCAACACCAUCUUGCAUAUAGCGACAUCCACCAAUCAAACCGAGGCUGUGAAAUUGUUGUUAAGCGAAAAAAUGAUUAGAAAGAUUAAGGUGAAUGCCAAGAACAAUUUGAACUUAACAGCAUUGGACAUCGUUCAAAGUCUACCGCCGGAAUUGAACAACAAAGAGAUCAAGGAUAUGCUAGGCCGAGCUAAAUUUAUGUUAUGCUGGCCUAGAGCAAAAAGAGGAGAAUUUGUUAAUGAUGAUCCCCUUGAAGACAUAGAUAAGCUGUCAAUGCAAGAAAAAAUAGAGAAGUACUACUUUGGAUUUGGCGACAGAGACAUGUCUCAGGCGGUACUGACUGUGGCUGUACUUAUUGCAACAGCCGCGUUCCAAGCUGUGCUCUCCCCUCCUGGUGGAUUAUGGGAAGAUUAUCAUAUCCCGACCGAGAAGGAGUAUUGGUUUCAUCCACCGCUUCAUAUUGCAGGGACAUCAACAAUGUUAUGGCAGCAGUACUUUGUUUUCUAUUUCUUGAACAGUGUCACAUUUUAUGCUGCCAUGAGCAUAAUUCAUCUCCACACCAAAAACCUUAUUCUACUAAAUAUGACCCAAAUCUUUCUCUGUGCCACCUAUUGUUGCUCUUUGGUAGUUAUGAGCCCCAUCGUAUCCUACAGCAAGCGUCUAAACGUCAUUUAUGAUGUUAUCAUUGUCCUCACUCAACUUUUCUUUUUUGUGUGUGCAUUUCCAGAUAUUUCUCACCUGGAGGGGUGCUCCAUCCUUCUUGCUGAAAUCAUUGUGCUUCAAGACCCAACUGAUUACUCCGUCGUUGCCGGAUUGAAGGACCCUGAAAUGCAGCGAAAGUACAGAGCUGCACACAUACACUGUUCCGGUAAGUUUCAGUGA